AUGGCUAACGUCCGUGGGCCUAGGCCAAUAGUUAGGCGGCUACUCAUGGCGACCACUAACUCUAUCCUGUUAUAUGGAGCAGAGGUGUGGGCCGACGUUAUGACUAUGAAUAAGUAUCGGAAAAAGAUUAUGGAAGUACAGCGAAGAGAGGCCCUUAGAAUAGCAUGCUCCUACCGGAUGGUCGCGACCGAGGCAUCGGUGGUAAUCGCGGGGGUCAUCCCCGUAGAUCUUCUUGCGAUUGAACGCAAGCGGAUCUACGAGGCUCGUUUAGCGUCGAAUAGCACCUCGAUUGCCGCGGAAGAAAGAGAAAUAACAAUGCGCAAUUGGCAGACUAGGUGGAUCGAUUAUCCAAAGGCUAGAUGGACUAGGACCCUUAUAAAAGAUGUGGGCCCGUGA